GACGGCGCGCGAGAGGAGGAAAGGAAAACAACCACGAGUCCACGAGACCACGACCCCCCAUCCAUUCCAUUCCACUUCCACCCGAGCACCGAUCACGGCGGCGAUGGGGAAGGUGCCAUCGUCGCGGGCGGGUUCGCGGCACCAGCAGUUCCGCGCCCGCGCCAUGACCCGCGUCGACGACCUCCAGGAGGUCUUCUCGGGCCUGCAGUCCGCGCGCAAGGACUCACGCCCCACCGACGCCGCCAUCCUCGAGGCGCAGCUCCAACAGAUGCUGCGCGAGUGGCGCUCCGAGCUCAGCGCUCCGUCCCCGGCCUCCUCGCUCCAGGGCAACGCCAGGGAACUGUCGGAUCCACCUUCGGAUACUCUUCGUAUGCUGCAAUUGGCGGCGGCCGAGGAGGAGGACGACGCCACGAGCAAGAUGGUCGAGCAGCAGCAGCAGCCUCCGCCCCCAGCUAACCAGAACCAGGGGCACGCGCAGGUCUGCCAGGACAUGAAGAGGGAGCCACGCGAGGAAGCAGUUGACGUCGCUGUGGAGAAGCCGCAGCCGCUGAGUCAGGGAGUUCUGCUUAAUGGUGCUGCUACCGCGUCUGCGGUGUUCCAUGAUCAGGAACUUACGGUUGAAGAUUUUCUUUAUGAUGAUGAUUACAAGAUAGACCUUUCCGGGUCUAAUCUGGAUGUCCUUAAUAACCUGGAAGGGAUCGUUCAGCUGGAAUAUCCACAGUUAAAUUUGCCGCAAGAGUUAGCCCCUAAUGUGUACAUUGACAUGAGUUACUGUGGACAGAAUGCUGGGGGUGUUUUACUGCACAUGACAGAUUUGUUCACAACAAUGACUUCGGCACCUUCUGCAUUCCUGAAGCCAAAAUGCGCUCUCUGGGACUGCCCCAGGCCUGCUGUUGGAUCAGAAAGAUGGCAUGAUUAUUGCAGCAUGUAUCAUGCUGAUUUGGCUGUGCAGGAAGAGGGCCCUCCAGGCACAAUGCCUGUGAUCCGUCCAAGAGGCAUUGAUCUGAAAGAUGGCCCCCUGUUUGCUGCUCUUAGUGCAAAAAUCCAAGGAAAAAAUGUUGGGAUCCCUAUCUGUGAAGGAGCUGCCACUGCAAAGUCUCCGUGGAAUGCACCUGAACUGUUCGAUCUUUACAUCUUUGAAGGUGAGUCUAUCAGAGAAUGGUUGUUUUUUGACAAACCAAGGAGGGCAUUUGUUAGUGGAAAUCGGAAGCAGCGGUCCUUGCCAGAUUACGGCGGCCGUGGUUGGCAUGAAUCUAGGAAGCAGGCGAUGAAGGACUUUGGGGGUCUGAAGAGGUCCUAUUACAUGGAUCCACAGCCAUCCAACAGCUACGAAUGGCACCUCUACGAAUAUGAGAUCAAUGAGUGCGAUGCUUUUGCCUUAUAUCGGCUUGAGUUCAAGUCUUCAGAUGCAAAGAAGAUUGUGAAAUCCAAAUUAGCCUGUAAUCCACUGAAUGAAAUUCAGCAGCAAAUGGUUAGACUCAGUGCAGACAGUCCUGUAGACAACAAACGGACGGCCCGGGGCAGGCAACAUGCUAACCCGACAGAUGUCGAUACUAACAUCUAUUCAGUUCCAAACACCACAGCUCAAGCCAAUGUUCCAAAUGCUUAUCAGCCAGGGUCACAAGUGGACCAGAUGACAUAUUUGAAUGGUAGUGUCGUUUAUGGGCCUCAUCUGCCGUAUGGUUACUCCACUGAAAGAAGUGACUUUUAUUGGAACUCAGCUGAUGGGACAUGAGAAGAUGAACACAUAUUCGAUUUAUGGCAUAUUUGGCCUUCAAAUUCUAACAGUUCCAGUUAUGGUUAUUGGGUCUACUCUAUUAGCAUGACCCUCCCAUCUUCUUUUAAUUGGAACUGGUCCAAUCUACAGGAAACAUCUCUGAAACAAAGGAUGUCAAUACUGCAGUUCUAUUUUCUGUGGUAACUUUUGUUGUUGUAAUAUAGGUGUAUCUUGAAAAUAGCAAGCAAGCAUCUCCCCGAUGUGCAUGCAGCUGUAUCAUAUGCAAGAUAAAUCUCUGGUUUGGUGGACUGGUAACCUGUCACGCUGGUGGUUCCAUUUAUCUGUCACGUUGUACGUGCAUCAAUACAUCCUGUUCUG